AUGCUACCUGUUGGAAAAGAGAAGAUUUCUCGUGAGCUAACAUUUCGUGAACGACCUGCAAAGUCGGCUGCUACUCGUUGUGAGCAAGCAAUCCAAUAUGGAGCUAAUGGAGUUGUGGAGAUUGUCCAUAUUGUGGUCGAAUCUACUCUUCUAGCGCCAAAAUCUUACGGACUUGACUCCGUCGAGCUAGAGCUCGACUUCGUCUUCACAAGUAGCUCGGACAGUAAACAGCUGGAUUUGGACAAGAAUACUUGGUGGGCUCGAGGUCAUUUUACUGGGUCUGAGUUGACUUAUCUUGACCUUAAGGUUUAG